CCAUCGUUGGAGUGAGAGAAGGGUGAGUUUGAAGUAAAAUUUUUUACUUUUUUUCAAAGAAAGAAAUUUUUUAGGUAAAAAAGGGGAGUCAAUGGAGCCAUGCAGAGAAGGAGAGAGAGAGAGAGAGAGACUAAACUGAACUGAAUCGUAAGUGGGUUUUUGGAUGGGGUUCUUUAUGUGGUUUUAGAACAGGAGGAGCAGAGUUCCAUGAAAAAGAGGGGAGAACGCAGAAGAGGCAGUUCAGAAAUCCUAAGAGAGAAUUUUCACUAAACCCAAAAUCUUUACGGUGUAAAUACAUCUAAAAUUGCGCGCUAAUCUUUUGCAUCUCUCUCCUUCUGUGGACUGCUCAGCUAAAAACGGUUUUGAAGUUGAUUUGGGUUCAGUAAUAAAAGGGUAGCUUUGGUUUUCUUUGUUCUUUUUGGGUUGCUUUCACUGUUAAUUUUUUCUGGGUUUUCUUGUUUUGGUAGUUUGGAGGGAUGUAUGUGUGUAAUUGAAUUAGAAAAGGACGGUGGUUUAUCUUUUUUCAGGUUGUGAUGAGAAAAGGAGAAAAAGAAGAAGAAAAAUGCCGAGUUUUUAUGUGAAAGAUGAGAUCUGAGGGGUUCCUUUUUCUCAGCCUUCUCUCGUUCAUGUGUGCGUAUGAGAGUUUUAUGUGUUUAUCGAGCUAGUGUUUACGGUGAGAAAUAGAGAUCUUUUUUUUGAAGAAUGAAUUUUCGAUGAAAGUGCGACUUUGUCCACUGGUAAGCGUUCACACCUUACGCAACAAAAUCCCAGAACAACAUUCGAAGGAAAGCCCUCCACUUGUACUUGUUUGCUGGAGAUAAGGGAGGAGAACAAGACCCAUUGAAGAUAGGGAGGAGAUCAGAAAAGGAGCAAGACGACGCAGGGGUUGAAGUUGAGCUGUUUUUUGUUGAUUUUCUGGGUCUAAAAUGAGAAUGAGUUAGAUGUCUUUGAUGCUCUUGCUGGACUUGAAGGAUUUCAAGUACGGUUACUGGGUUUUUGAAUAAACAGAGGAAAAGAGAUUGGGAUUGAGGUUUCUGGGUGCAAUUUAGAAUUGGGUUUUAAGUUUGGAGGAAAAAAAAAAAAAAAAAGAAGAGAAUCUGACGAGGUUUAGAGAAGCUUUUAUUGGGUUUGUCUUUUUUUCUGUAUUAUUAGGUGUUGUUUCAGAGUUUGUGUGUCUGGGUUUGAAUUGGUAGGAGGGGUUGUUUGAUUUUCCGAUUAGCCUUCUUUGUAAUCAUGAGAGCUGGAUUGAGCACGAUCCAGCAAACUCUAACGCCGGAGGCUGCGAGUGUUCUCAACCACUCGAUUGCCGAGGCUGCUCGCCGGAAUCAUAGCCAGACCACCCCGCUUCAUGUCGCGGCUACCCUUUUGGCUUCGCCGUCUGGUUACCUUCGCCAAGCAUGCAUCCGAUCCCACCCCAAUUCGUCCCACCCACUACAGUGUCGAGCGCUCGAGCUCUGCUUCAGCGUCGCCCUUGAGCGUCUUCCGUCCGCGCAGAACCUCACUCCUGGACUUGAGCCCCCAAUCUCCAAUGCUCUCAUGGCUGCCCUCAAACGUGCUCAAGCCCAUCAACGCCGGGGAUGUCCUGAACAGCAGCAGCAGCCUCUCCUGGCUGUUAAGGUGGAACUGGAGCAGCUCAUUAUUUCAAUCCUCGAUGACCCGAGCGUGAGCCGUGUCAUGCGAGAGGCAAGCUUCUCAAGCCCUGCUGUAAAGGCCACUAUCGAACAGUCUCUGAAUGCUUCAAGUUCUGUCAAUUCCUCCACAAUUGGAUGCGGAUUGGGUUUCCGUCCAGCGCCCCCGACGAAAACGACGAUGACAGCAGCACCGAACAGGAAUUUAUAUCUGAAUCCCAGAUUGCAGCAGGGGAAUUCUCCUCAAACGGGGCAGCAAAGAGGCGAGGAUGUGAAGCGGAUUAUUGAUAUUUUGCUGAGGACGAAGAAACGGAAUCCGGUUCUUGUCGGAGAGGCAGAGCUCGACACAGUGACGAGGGAACUGUUACAGAAGAUUGAGAAGAGGGAGGUGGGUGACGGGCCACUUAGGAAUGUUCAGGUAAUCUCCUUGGACAAAGAAAUUGCUUCUGAUAGAACAAAAAUUACUGCGAAGCUCAAGGAGUUGGACAGUUUGAUUGAGAGCCGAAUCAGUAUCAGCAAUGGUGGUAGCGUGAUUCUUGACUUAGGAGACCUCAAAUGGCUUGUGGAGCAGCCGGUGUGUCUUGGAGUUCCUGGUUCAGCGGCUCCAGUGCAGCAGCAAAUUGUAUCUGAAGCAGGGAGAGUUGCGGUGGCAGAGAUGACAAAGCUAUUGGCGAAGUUCGGUGAAGGAAACUGCCGGCUGUGGUUGAUCGGGAUGGCGACUUGUGAGACUUAUCUGAGGUGCCAGGUCUAUCACCCUUCAAUGGAGAAUGACUGGGAUCUGCAAGCAGUUCCAAUUACUGCAAGAACCCCUCAACCAGGGUUUUUUCCAAGGCUUGGGAGUAAUGGCAUUCUGAGCAGUUCGGUUGAAUCUCUUGCCCCUUUGAAGAGCUUUCCAACUGCAACUACUACACUGCAAAGGCGUCCACCCUCUGAAAACAUGGAUCCUGCUCAAAGAACAAGCUGUUGCCCUCAAUGCAUGGAGAACUACGAGCAAGAGCUAGCAAAGCUUGUAGCUAAAGAGGUUGACAAAUCUUCUUCUGAGGCCAAACCAGAAAAACCGCAGGCACCAUUGCCCCAGUGGUUGCAGAAUGCGAGGGCAAACAUAAAAGAUCAGUCAGAGACCAAGGAACAAGAAUUGAUAUGGAAACAGAAAACUCAAGAAUUACAGAAGAAAUGGAAUGAUACUUGCUCACGCCUUCAUCCUAGUUUCCAUCAAAAUGUCAACCCUGAGAGAAUGGCUCCAACUCCAAUUCCAAUGACAAGCUUGUAUAAUCCAAAUCUGUUGGGACGCCAGCCCUUCCUGUCCAAGUUACAACUAACCAGAAACCUUGGAGGAUCCCUGCAAAUGAGCCAGUGCCAGGAUCCAACCCAACCAUCUGAACCUGCAGGUACCUCACCAGGGAGCCCUGUAAGAACAGACCUUGUUCUUGGACGACCAAAGGUUACUGAAAGCUCACCGGAUAAAACCCACAGUGAACGCAUAAAAGACUUUGCUGGCUGCAUCUCUUCUGAACAGGACAAAUUCUCUGAUUGGAAGAAGGAUAAACUUAUUAGCCUGUUGGAUGCAGAUUCAUUCAAGAGACUCCUCAAGGGACUAACAGAGAAGGUAGGGUGGCAGCCAGAGGCAGCAAAUGCAGUAGCUACUACUGUGACACAGUGCAAGUCUGGCAAUGGAAAAAGGCGGGGUGUUGGCACAAAGGGUGACACAUGGUUAUUGUUUACAGGUCCUGAUAGGGUUGGCAAGAAGAAGAUGGCAUCAGUUCUGUCAGAACUGAUGAGCAGAGGCAGUCCAAUCACAAUUCGUCUUGGUUCACGAUCUAACAAUGAUGAGGAAUCAGAGAUAAAUUUCCGUGGAAAGACUGUAAUUGAUAGGAUAAUGGAAGCUGUGCGGAGGAAUCCCUUCUCUGUGAUUGUGCUUGAGGACAUUGAUCAAGCAGAUAUUCUCAUACAUGGGAGCAUCAAGCGGGCAAUUGAGCGAGGUCGGCUUGCAGAUUCUCAUGGCCGUGAGGUCAGCCUUGGGAAUGUGAUUUUCAUCUUGACUGCAAAUUGGUUGCCAGAAAAUCUCAAGAGCUUGUCGAAUUGCAUUCCAUCCCAUGAGGAGAAGCUCGCAAAUGCAGCGUGCAAUGACUGGAAAUUACAACUAUCAGUUGUUGAAAAGACGAGCAAGCGCAGGCCUGACUGGCUGCAUGACAACGAGAGACUCACAAAGCCAAGAAAAGAUGGAUGUCCUGCUCUAUCAUUUGAUUUGAACCAAGCUGCUGAAGCUGAGGAUGAUCUAGCACAGGAGUCUUGCAAUUCUAGUGACCUCACUGUUGAGCAUGAACAUGAAAAUGGCCUCAUAAACAAGCAAUUCACAAUGACCUCAGUGCCAAAGGACCUGCUUAACUCUAUAGAUGAAUCCAUUGUCUUCAAGCCGGUCGACUUUGGCCCACUUCGGAGCAAGAUCUCCAGCACCAUUACCUCAACAUUCAAGGCCAUUCUUGGUGACCGGCAGUCAAUUGAAUUUGAUGACGAUACGCUCGACAAAAUUGUUGGUGGGGUGUGGUUCGGCAACACUGAGUUUGAGCAUUGGGCAGAGAACGUCCUAGUCCCUAGUUUGCAGCAGCUGAAAGCUAGUUUAUCAUCCCCUGCCGUGGGCACCAAUGACAGCAUUCUUGUAAAGCUUGCCUCAACCAGAGACUCAGAGAAUCGGAGUGCCGGUGAUUGGCUGCCGAACAAGAUCACGGUGACCGUGGAAGGUCUGUAAUGAAGGUGGGUGGUUACUGGUUAGAAUUGGCAAAUUUGGAACUUCUGGAUUCUGGUCUGGUGGAGAUGUAAAUAUCUCUCAACUGAGGGGGACUAUAGCAAGGCAUUAAGCAUUUCAAGGGGUUAAAGAGUAAAAGAACAAAGGCCAUAGAGAAGAAAAA